AUGAGGGCGCCCGCGCUGCUGACCUGCUGUGGCUGGCUGCUCGCCCCAGUGACCAGUGUUCACCCAGAAUGUCGAUUUCAUCUGGAAAUACAGGAGGAAGAGACAAAAUGUGCAGAGCUUCUAAGGACUCAAACAGAAAAAUACAAAGCCUGCACUGGUGUCUGGGACAACAUUACGUGUUGGCGCCCUGCGGACAUAGGCGAGACCGUCACGGUGCCCUGUCCUAAAGUGUUCAGCAAUUUCUACAACAAACCAGGAAACAUAAGCAAAAACUGUACAAGUGAUGGGUGGUCAGAGAUGUUUCCAGAUUUCGUAGACGCCUGCGGCUAUAAUGAUGCCGAGGACGAGAGCAAGAUUACGUUCUACAUUCUGGUGAAGGCCGUUUACACUCUGGGCUACAGUGUCUCUCUGAUUUCCCUUACAACCGGAAGCAUAAUUCUUUGCCUCUUCAGGAAGCUGCAUUGCACCCGGAACUACAUCCACCUGAACCUGUUCCUCUCCUUCAUCCUCCGAGCCAUUUCAGUGUUGGUCAAGGAUGAUGUGCUAUACUCCAGCUCGGGCACGCUGCACUGCCCCGACCAGCCAUCCUCCUGGGUUGGCUGCAAGCUGAGCCUCGUGUUCUUCCAGUAUUGCAUCAUGGCAAACUUCUACUGGCUCCUGGUGGAGGGGCUAUACCUCCACACCUUGCUGGUGGCCAUAUUCUCCCCCAGCCCACGCUUCGCAGCCUAUCUCCUGAUUGGAUGGGGCAUCCCCACCGUCUGCACAGGGGCGUGGACUGCAGCCCGGCUCUCCUUAGAAGACACAGGGUGUUGGGAUACCAACGACCACAGUGUUCCCUGGUGGGUUAUACGGACACCAAUUUUAAUAUCUAUCCUAGUCAAUUUUGUCCUUUUUAUUAGUAUCAUACGAAUUUUACUGCAGAAGUUGACGUCCCCAGAUGUCGGUGGCAAUGACCAGUCACAGUAUAAGAGGCUCGCCAAGUCCACGCUGCUGCUCAUCCCGCUGUUUGGAGUUCACUAUGUGGUGUUUGCCGUGUUUCCUAUUGGCAUCUCCUCCAAAUACCAGAUCCUGUUUGAAUUGUGCAUCGGAUCAUUUCAGGGCCUGGUGGUGGCGGUUCUGUACUGUUUUCUCAACAGUGAAGUGCAGAGUGAGCUGAAAAGGAAGUGGCGCAGUCUGUGCCGUAGCCGGCCCUGUGGCCGGGACUGCAGGCUCCACAGCUUGUCCGUCUGGAGGAACGGCUCGGAAAGCGCCCAGCAGUUCCACUGGGGCUCCCGCGCCCCGUCCUUCCUGCAGACAGAGACCUCGGUCAUCUAGUGCACGGCCACGUUGCAGACGGCCUCCCCAGAGCCCUUGGGAUGCGGGCAGCCACAGGCGGGCCUCCCCCAGCGGGAGACCCCUGGCGGGUGACUCAGCGGUGACACGCUAGAGCUGGUCUCUGCUCAUCCCAUCCGUGGAGCUGGGGUUACCUUCUAACUGACUGGGACUUUAGUCAGAUUCGUGUUAAACUCCAGCAUGUAGGUAAUUUUGCUCAUAAUGUUGUUUGGCCAAGUAGACGGGCCAUUUUCAAAGUGAAUAGGGAGACAGAAUGGUCCCUGAAAUGAGGUACAGUGGCCCAGAACUUGGGUCCAGCCACCGUGGAAGGAAAACAAGGGGAUUUUCUAAUCUCGGUGCCAGUUCGGGGCAGGGGGCAAAGGCCUGAGCUGGGGGCUGGACGCUCCCUCUGCAUGACCCCCAGCACGGCCUGCCCCUGCCUGGUCCUGAUUAGGCCAGCCCUCUCGUCUGCAGGACACGGACACAGAGCAGCAGAACCCGUCCCUGCUGGGUGCCCCUGCUUUCCCCCACCUGCCCCAGGGCCUCCUCUCCUGCUUGUCCACCAGGAAAAGUGAAGAGAAGGGUGUCACAUGAAAACGGCAGCGGGUGGUAUGUCACCCCGCGAGGGCGUCUGCGUUUAUGAGGGCUUCUCAACCAUUGAAGACUCCCCCUGAGACCACUGCAGGCCUCCUCCCCCAGGAGGGGUGAGAGGGUUGGGUGACCUCUGGCCAAGCUUGUAGGACCUGGUCAUCAGGGCAACAAAGACACCAGGCAUUUUAUCUGGGGGGAGCAGAAACCUAUUCUCCUUUCAAUGAAAAUAAUCUACAGUCAUUUCUGUUUAAAUGGAGAAUUAUUCUAACAAAAUAUAAAACUGUGUUGAGCGCUUCUGUCCAACAUUGGCAAGCAGCAGUCCUGGUUUCCAGUUCCCCUGAUGUUUGCAGAUUUGGGAGCUAGGUCUGAGUGGCUGAGCAGCUGCAGAGGGAGCAGGAAGCCAGCGAGGAGAGCGAGCCCACCCCCGUCCCGAGCCUGGCCCUGCAGCACCAGACAGACAGACGUUCUGCCCAAACCCCGUCCCGCUGCCUCAGCCACUGGACUCAGCGAUUCGACCCCUUUUAUGAUACUGAGGCCAUGACAUCUUCUUCCUGAGGCAUCCUAGAACCUGGCCAGAACGAGGGAGCAGGACCUGGCCGGCUGGGGCAGUCAGAGCAGCUCAGGACAACUCACAUUGGUGACAAAAGCCUGGACAAACGGGGACAGCAGAGCGACUGUGUCCAGAGGCCACCUGGAGCCGGGGCCCCCACCUCAGAUGAGCCACUGUAACCAGAUCCACAUGACCAACUGGAGAGCCAGACCCAGGUUUACGUGGGACCACAGGUUGUGCUCCGACUUUAGAGGUGCAUCUUCCUCCCUGGCGUGCGCCAGGGUCCAGCAGACAUGGACUGGUCUGUCUUGCUGGGAAAGGGAAGGGGGGCGGGAAAGUGAAUGUUUACUGAUAGCAGGAGCAGGUGCUGGAAGAGUCAACAUAUGUCGUCUUACAAUGCUGUAAAUGUGUGUGGAACGUCCACAGCUCACUGUGUGUAAGCACUUCAAUAAAACCUGAUUUCCUGUCCAGAGGCUGGUAGGUUCAUUCACUCUGGCCUGCACAUCCUGAGGUCCUAGGGUCUCAAACUGAG